CUCUUACAAACUAAUUAAUGACGAAAACAUCACUAAAAUACAUCCAAUUUUGUUGCUACACAAUCCUUUUCCUCCUCCUCUUGAUCCAUGCAAACUCUCAGGUAAAUGUUGAAGAGCAAGCGGUCCUACUGAACCUGAAGCAACACUGGCAAAACCCACAGUAUCUCAGCCACUGGACCUCAUCAAACUCCUCCCAUUGUAUCUGGCCAGAGAUCAUUUGCAGUACCGAUGGCUCAGUCACCGGAAUAUUCGUCUCACUCAUGGAGAUCACCGGAACAGUCCCACCCUUCAUCUGUGACCUCAACAACCUUACAACCCUUGACCUUUCACACAACCACAUGAACGAGUUCCCGAGAGCUCUCUACAACUGCUCAAAACUCCAGUACCUCUACCUCUCGCAGAACAGCUUCGUUGGCAAAGUACCUGAUGAUAUUCACCUUAUGUCUCGCCUUCGUGAGCUCAACAUUGCAGACAACAGGUUCUCUGGAACAAUCCCAGCAUCUAUCGGGCGGUUAACAGAGCUGAGGAUGCUUUCGCUUACCGCGUGUCAGUUUGACGGUUCUUUCCCGUCAGAAAUUGGCAACUUGUCCAAUCUUGAACGUCUAGAAUUGGCCUACAUGAAAAUCAUGCCAGCAAGGUUGCCUUCGGAGUUCACAAAGUUGAAGAAACUCAAGUAUCUUAAUGUGGCAAGCUCGAAUUUGGUAGGAGAAAUCCCAGACAUGAUUGGAGAAAUGGUUGCACUAGAGCAUUUGGAUUUGUCAAUGAACAAUCUGAACAGGAAUGUCCCAGAUAGCAUAGGUCGUCUUCCAAGGUUGGUAAAUUUUAUUUUGUUUGACAACAAUUUAUCAGGUACUCUACCUCCGGACCUUGGGAGGUAUUCUAUGCUUGAAGAGUUUCAAGUGUCGUCCAAUUGGCUUACUGGCCAGCUGCCACAACACUUAUGUGAUAAUGGAAUGUUGGUAAAUGUGGUAGCUUUCGACAACAACCUCAGUGGUCAACUGCCCAAGGCCCUUGGAAGUUGCAAUAAUUUGGGAAGUCUUAUAGUUCGGAAUAAUCAACUCUCAGGCUCCCUUCCUUCAAACAUUCUAUCAUGGAAAUGGCUAACUAUUCUAGACCUUAGUCGAAAUUCAUUCUCUGGACAAAUUCCAGAGGAAUUUGGUUUAUUACCGUACCUCAAUCAUUUGAACUUGGCAGAAAACCGACUGUCUGGACAAAUUCCAUUGCAACUUGGCCGCCUAGCUGGAUCUUUUGUCAAUCUCUCUUCCAAUCAUUUAACUGGGAGGAUCCCAUCUGGAUUCCUUGAUGGUGCGUAUGUAAGAAGCUUCUUGAACAAUCCUGAUCUCUGUGCUAAUAGCUCAUCAGUAAACAUUGACAAAUGCAAUUCCAAAUCAAGCAAAAUUCCGGUUCGAUUUCUUGUUUUGAUAAUAUGUUCGGUGAUAGCAACACUUCUACUACCUGUAUUCUUCGUGAUCAGAGUUUUCGUGAGAAGAAAGCAUGGAUUGGAUUUGACGUGGGAGCUCACCUCAUUCCAAAGGCUAAAUUUCACAGAAUCUCACAUUUUGUCUGGACUGACAGAUAAUAAUGCGAUUGGUAGUGGUGGUUCGGGCAAGGUAUAUCGUGUUGCUAUUAAUCCUUCACGUGAAAUUGUUGCUGUGAAGAAGAUUUGGAAUAACAAAAGGCUAGAACAAAAUCUUGAAAAAGAAUUUCUUGCAGAAGUCAAAAUACUGAGUUCAAUUCGACAUUUCAACAUAGUGAGCUUGCUCUGCUGUAUCUCUAGUGAUAAUUCAAAACUUCUUGUCUACGAGUAUUUGGAAAAUCUUAGCUUGGAUCUAUGGCUGAAUAGGAAGAGUAGAGUAUCAACUGUCCCAGGUUCAGUCCAGCAUGUCAUCUUGAACUGGCCUAAGAGGUUGCAGAUAGCAGUUGGGGCUGCUCGGGGCCUCUCCUAUAUGCACCAUGACUGCUCACCACCCAUUGUUCAUCGAGAUGUGAAGUCAAGCAACAUCCUUUUAGAUUCUGAGUUUAAUGCAAAAAUUGCUGAUUUGGGUCUAGCCAAGAUGUUGAUAAAGGAGGGACAAUCUGCUACAAUGUCAGCUGUGGCUGGCUCUUUCGGCUAUAUAGCUCCAGAGUAUGCUUACACGACACGAGUCAAUGAGAAGAGUGACGUUUAUAGCUUUGGGGUUAUCCUUCUAGAGCUUACAACUGGAAGAAAAGCUUGUGAUGGCGGUGAUGAACACACGUCACUUGCUGAAUGGGCAUGGCGAUACUUUCAAGAAGGCAGUCCUAUAGUUGAUGCCUUGGAUGAGGAGGUGAAGGAACUCUGUUACUUGAAUGGAAUGUGCUGUGUUUUCCAACUUGGAAUCAUUUGUACAGGUACACUGCCUUCUACCAGGCCGACCAUGAAAGAUGUUUUGAAGAUUUUGCUCCGAUGGAACCAAACACUCACUUAUGGAGAGCAGAAUACUGCAAGUGAUCAGUACGAUGCGAAUUCAAAUCGUGAGAUUGUAUUAGAAAAUAAUGAUGCAACUUUUACGUCCACUGUUUGAUGCUUUUUCAAAUGCCAUGAGGGCUUUUUUUGAGGAAUAAUCUUAACCAUAUCAAUAAAAUAACUAUUU